AUGUCUGCUGAAACUAAUACCAAACAUGAAAUUGAACAGAUAGAGAGUAUUCAAGCUGAAGACAAUGCUGAUAGCUUUAGACAAUAUGUUGAACAGGAAGAAAAAAAGCGUAAAAACAUUUUUGUCCGGUUCAAGGAUUCUAUCUAUACAAAGCCAGAAAAGAAGGGUCCAAGUCCAUGGUAUUUGCUUACAAACCUGACAAGUACCCAGAGGAUAACUUUUGUUGCAGCUUUUUUUGGCUGGACACUUGAUGCUUUUGAUUUCUUUUCUGUUUCGUUGUCUGCUACUCGUAUCGCUGAAACCUAUGGUGUUCAACCUUCUGAUGUCACUAGUGCAAUUACUACAACUUUGAUGUUGCGUCCUAUUGGUGCCUUAAUUUUUGGCGCUUUAGCUGACAAAUUUGGUCGUCGUUGGCCGCUGCUCAUUGAUAUUGUAUUAUUCUCUCUUAUCAAUAUGGCCAGUGGUUUCGCUCCUAACCUCCAGACAUUUAUUGGUCUUCGAGCUGUUUUUGGUAUUGCCAUGGGCGGUGAAUGGGGACUUGGUGCAAGUUUAGCACUUGAAAUGUUACCUGUUGAAGCGCGCGGUUUAUUUUCCGGUAUCUACCAACAAGGUUACGCUUGUGGCUAUCUCUUAGCUACGCUUGUAAACUAUGCUAUCGUCCAAACUGGUUCUUCAUGGCGUAUAUUGUUCUGGGUCGGGGCUGGUUUUGCUCUUCUUGCUGUUGUGAUUCGUAUUUGGGUGCCUGAAUCCGAGACAUUUGAAAAGCAAAAGGCCGUACGUAAAGUCUUAGGUCGAUCUUUAUUGACUGAAAUCAAACUCGCUAUUAGAAACCAUUGGCUUCGUUUGAUCUAUAUGAUUAUCCUUAUGGCUUUCAUGAACUUCUUUUCUCACGGAUCACAAGAUUUGUAUCCUACCUUCUUAUUAUCGCAAUUGGGCUACAGUGCUACGCAGCAAACAGUAACUGGUGUCAUUAUGAACAUAGGCGCUAUCUGCGGUGGUACCAUUUUUGGUCAUCUUUCCAAUGGUUUUGGUCGUCGUUUUAUUCUGUGUGUUUGCGCCAUUCUUGCCGGUGCUUUUAUUCCUCUCUGGAUCUAUGCGCCUAACAUCCAUUCUCUCCAGUUUGGUGCUUUUGUCAUGCAGUUUUUUGUUCAAGGUGCUUGGGGUGUCAUUCCAGCUCAUAUCAAUGAAUUGGCUCCCCCUUCUUUUAGAGGUUUAAUGCCCGGUUUAGCUUAUCAGUUGGGUAACUUGAUUAGUGCAGCCUCUAGUCAAAUUGAAGCCACCAUUGGUGAAAGAUACCCCCUUCGUAAUUCUGAUGGAAGCUACAAAUUAAACAAUAAGGGUAUUCCUAUCGCAGACUAUGGCCUUACACAGGCUAUUUUUAUGGGUUGUGUUAGCGCUGGUCUACUAAUUACAGCUCUGGUUGGUAAAGAAGAACGCAAUAGAGAUUUCUCAAACGAUCUUGCUGAAGAUCAAAGUAGCCAUGGUGCUGUUAGUCCUGGAGACAUUAAGGCAGACGAAAUGGAACAAGGUCUUGAAGAAUCAAGAUAA